AUGUUAGAAGAUGAGAUUGAUCCAGGGGAGGCACCAGAUAAACGAAAGAAAACCCGGUAUCACUACUACCAAAAUUGCUACCCUUCAAACUCCAUACCCCUCCGUCUGAAUCGCACACCAUCCUCCUCUUUGGUUCCGCGUAUCAAACGCUCAUCCCAUACUUUUCCACCGAUAACUCAUAGACCUCACCACCUCCAUUUCUCUCUGUUUUCCGCAACGUCCAACAUCCGCUUACCAUCCUCACCUAUUGUGAACAACACUUCACCUCAUUGUCAAACCGCAAGCUCCCUCCGAACAGAGCAGCUGCCAUUCACGGUACCCCUGUCACCGCAAGCUGCCAUUUCAGUAACACUUCCUUCACCAUUUUUCACUUAA